CCGGAUUGGAGCCAGCAGCAGAGCGACGGAGGGACCGUGCUUUAUAGCACGGCAACCCAGGACCCCGGCCACGGGACGCAGAGCCAGCUCGGACCCGUCUGACAACUACACGCUACCCGCAGAGACGGGAAAGGACGCAGCAGGAGCCAAUCAACUGUCUGACACCGGGGCUGGACCCCAAAAAGACCGCAUCGCCCAACCAACGACGUUCCGAAUGGAAUCAUGUUGUCCCGGCUGGCGGGUCUCACAUGUGUGUGUGCUCCCACAGGUGCAGACACAGCAGCGGCCUCUUGCCAAAAGCGGCCCCUGCUGCUGCGGCGUGGGAGGACUGUGCACCGGAGCUGUCAAAACCGAUGAAACGCUCGUGCCCCGGAGGUUUACAACGCGUUGCUGCUGCGGCUGGGGGUGUGUGGCAUGGCAGCUACAGCCCGACUCUCCCCAGAUCCCCUCAGGGUGAGUCAGCGCCGCCCCGACUCUGCUCUGCUUUCCGGAGGGGCCGCUUCCCGCCGCUUUCCGCCGCUUCCCGUACCACUCCCCUUAUACCACCUCCCUUAUACCACCUCCCGUGUCCCUCUGUCUGAAACAAACACACCAUCCCCUCCUC